AUGCCCAUCUGCAUCAGUUGCAAGGGCAAGACCUUCAUCCGCGACGACAUCACCAACAACCUCGCCUGCUCCACCUGCGGACGGCUCCAAGAGUACGACAAUUUGGUCGACCAGUACGGCGGCAUCAACGGCCCCACCGGCACCUUCGUCUCCGUCGGCACCACCGGCACCGGCAACGUUUACAGCUACAAAGAGACCAAAAUAUACGAGGCAAGAAAGCUCAUCGACGACGUGUCGCUUAGGCUGGGAUUUUCGCCCUCCGAAUCCGACGACGUCAAGAGAAUGGUUGCGACAAUCACCGAAGGUGAGUACGGCCAAGGUAAUUGGUUCAAUGUUUUCGUUGGUGCUUGCUCCUAUGUUGGCAUGAGAAGAGAUAACAAGUCCUUGCCGAUCUCCGAGGUUGCCUCGGUGAUCGGCUCCGAUGCCUAUGAACUUGGUAGGAUGAUCAUGCGGGUUGUUAAUUUCCUCGAUUUGAAAAAACCCAAUUUUCCAGAAUUCGAUAUUGUCAACUUGUUCGAGCGGACGCUUAGGAAUUCGCAUAGUUUCGCUGAUGUUGAAGGGGAUAAGGUGCAGAGAAUGAAAAAACAGGGCAUAUUUUUGAUACAUUGUGCCAUGAAGUGGUUCUUGACCACCGGGCGUAGGCCGCUUCCAAUUGUGGCAGCGGUGUUGGUGCUCGUGGCGGAGUUGAAUGGUAUUAGCGUUAGGAUUGAGGAAUUGGCUAAGGAAAUCCAUGCUGUUGUACAUACUAGUAGGUUGAGGUAUAGGGAGCUUUUACAGGCGCUUGUGAAGGUUGCACAAGCCUUGCCUUGGGGGAAGGAUAUUACAGUUAAGAAUGUGGUUAAGAAUGCCCCGUUUGUGAUUCAGUAUAUGGAGAGGAAGGCAAUGUCAAAGCCGAGUAAGAAGAAGGAUUCGGAGGGCGAUGUUGGGUUAGAUUUGGGAGAUGUUGUUAGAGAUUGUUUGAGGAAAGAUAUUGGAGAUGGGACUGAUAUGAUGUCCUUUGAAGAUGAUUCUGAAACCGAAAUGGAAAAGUUAAAGCUUGCACACCAGUCUCGGUAUUUUGAGGUAGAAGAUGGUGGGUGCGCAUUGAGUGUUGACAAUGUGGAUAAGCUGAAACUUUCACAUGAAUGCUUAUCCAUGAUGUACUCAAAGUUUUUGGAUGAGGUUGGGAAUGUUAAGUCGUCUGGGGGGUUAAAAGAGGUUCGUGAAAGGAAAAAGAGGCGGGGUUUUGAGCUCCAUGCUUGUACAGAGUGGUGGAAUGGAAAGUCUGCAUUGAGCAGGAGGCUUCUACUUAAGGAGAUAUUGGAGAAAGAUGUAGGAUUGGAUGUUGUGCCCCCAUCUUUUGUUAAUGGUUGCGUGACUGUAAAGAAGAGGAGAGAAAAGAUAAAUGCUGCCAAGCUGCGUAUUGAUAAAAUUAUGCAUCCAUUAAAUGCUCAUUCAGGUGACAGUAUCGAUACUCGCACUACUGAAGAUGUACAUAGUACGAAGAAGAGAAAGAGAGCACAAGGUAUUGAUUGGGAAGAUUUAAUUAUUGAAACUCUUCUCCUUCAUCGAGUAAAAGAGGAGGAAAUUGAGAAGGGGUGGUACAAUGUCCUACUGGAAUUACAUGUGUUCAACUCUGGGAUUGUGUGA